AGGCAUAGAACAUAUAACUGGUUAUAGUCAAUUUUCAACUAUCACUUUGGUCAUGUACUCUUGAUGAAAACUCUUCUUUAGAUGCGCAGCCGGAUGUGAAACGGAAUUGAACGCACUACGCCGACUGGGAAAACCAUUAAAAGACCUCCACAUUGCAGACGUUGGUUGUGGCACAGGCAGCUACGCAAAGUAUUUCCUGGAUAAUGGCGUUGGCAAGGUGUCCAUGUUUGAUGCGAGCGAGGGAAUGCUGAGCUACGCUAGAACCAAGGUUGCCGACUACGUCGUGGCUGGACGCGUGCCGCACUGCGAACAACUAGUGCUUCCAUGCCCUAUACCGGGAGGUGAACAACAUUACGACGCCAUCUGCGUGAAUUUCGUUCUGCAUCACCUGGGUUCUCCUGAUGACAACAUCGAUACGUUGACGUUUCCUAAAGCCACGGGAGCGUUACGCAACAUCUACGAUGCCUUGAGAAAAGGUGGCCUGUUCCUUAUGAUCACUUGCUUGCGACAACAACUAACACAUUGCCUGUGGCACUUUGGCCUUAUAGAGAAGGUUGAUGAUCUGUUUAAGGAGCCAAUACUACAACUAAUGUGUGGAGAUUACAAUUCUAUAGAGAAAAUACUGAUGGAAGUCGGUUUCCCAGCGAUGCAGGCAACGGUCCCUCUUCAUGAAAUUAUAAUGAAACCACAGCACUAUUACAAUGUCGACACUGCAUCUGACCCAAAAUUCAUACUUGCGGUUUCUGCAUUUGCACUGUUGAAAAAACGAGACAAAGAGAUGGGUACAAAUUACAUGGAGACAUAUUUCCAAAGGCUGCAUGACUUGAAAGAGAGCAACAAACUUGAGGCAUUAAUAGACGAGAAAGAAGGAAUGAGAAAAACAUAUGGUUGCCUGACUGUCAUUGCUGUACAAAAGCCUUCAAAAUACACGUAAAAAAUGAUUGCCAUCUUAUAUAUAUGCCUAUAUUAUGCUACACAGAAAGCACUGUGCAAUUAAUGGAUUUUUUGUUGUUUUGCACAAUUUAUAGAUUGCUCGAGUCUUAACUGGUUACUGACCGUAAUUACCUAGAAUAAUUGGUAGGAUACACAUACUGCAAAGCCUAAGUUCUAGGGUUGUAAUCAUACUGUGCAUUGGGCUUCAUGACAGGUAAACAUUGACUAAAUAAUACAGCUGAUAAGUUACCUAAGCACAGUAUAAAUUAAAUUGAAUUAAAAGAAAAUUAGUUAAAACUUCUAGCGCUGUUUACAUGUAGACUAGAGAACGUUACACUUUCCAAAUUUAACGCAAUAUGGACUAGAACCAAGCCAUCAUUAUUAUAUACAUGUUAUAUCAUAAAUAAAUAUUCAAACUGUUAUCUUACAACUUUGUUACAUCUAAUAAAUCUAUGUAAUAUCUCGUUUUACAACUGCUAAAUCUAGAUUUGAGAAAACAUGCUUGGCAGUUUCAAGGACUUUAUUAUGAAUUAUUAUACAUUUUACUUGUAACUAAUUGUUUUGAGCAACGACCUGUAACGUGUAUACAUUUAUGUAGAUCACGUAUUGUAUAGCCUAGCUGGUAAAGUUGGAUACACCCACUCAGUGGUGUGAUCUCGCAGCAGCCAACCACAGGACGCCUUUACAAUGAGCUGCCCAUUAGCAGCAGUUUGGUUAAACAGCCGGUUUGUAGACGCCAUUACAGUGUGAACAAUAAAGCUUGGAUCUCGUUGAUUAA